UUAUUUUAUAAAAUGAAACCAAGAUGAAGUGUUUUAUUUAUAAUUUUUUGUGUGUUCCGUCUUUAACGAUAGAAUUUGGAGUGGCAUUUUUAACAGUAGUGUUUACGAUUUUAUCAUUGGUGAUAUUUGGGUUGAAUGCAUCCGAGUUAUCAAGUAUUAUUUCAAAGCAACUCAUUGUUUUUGUAACUAUACUCUUGUUAUUACUUACUUGGUGCAUAGCGGUUGUAGGAGCUUCUGUGAGAUCAAGACCAAUAAUAACUUUUACAAUUGUUCUUUGGACCAUCUUCAUUAUUAUGUGGCUAGUUUUAUCGUUAUUCUUCAGAGUAAUCAAGAAAAACACCCAGUACUGUGUUGCGGAAAAAACGAGAUGUGCUACGUCUAUGUGGCUUAUUGGCAAAGGAGGCGGAGAAGAAGAAAGCAACGAAGAAGAACAAGACACCGACGGAGACGCCGAAGAGAGCGAAGAUGACAGAAUAAGACUACGGUUGAAAAAAUACUCUCCCGAACUAACUAUUAAGACUUUUCACCCAACGAGGGCGAACGUAAUUCUGACCCCCGCUGAUCUUACUCUUACUGCUACUCUUGCUGCUAAUACCGUUGUGUCAAAUCACACGAGUAUGACGAUCGGUGUCAACAACGGAUUUGGGUGUGAACGCCAUCAGUGGACUACGACCGAAAGUCCGCCGAGGGAUUUGAUAACGCGCCUCAUGGAGUACCGGAAACAUAUGACAAUGUAUCAUCAAACCGCGGUGGCAGUGAUACAAAAGCGCAAGAAAAUACAAAGAAAAAAGAUACUAGAAGAACCACUUGAAGAAGAAGACGAAAAUGAAGAGGAAGAAAAUGAAGAGACAGAAGAUAAAGGAGAUAGUAGUUCCCCCAUAGACUUGUUGUUGAUGUCAGUUUUUUUGCGUAAGAUUCCACUAUUUUUUUUCUGUAAACCAUUUCCAUUCAUCACACUGCAGACUGCAGCAAUGAUGGCAAUAAUGUCGUACGAUGAGUAUAACUAGGUGAUACACAGAUUGUAGGGUGACCCACUGUAAUUUUUAUCUUUCUGUAUUAGUUAAUUAUACUUGGUUCAAUUAGAUAACAGAAAUAUAUGGUGCACUAUCGCCCGUAUGUAGUGCAAUUUUAAAAUAUUUUCAUUGGCGGGUGGGGGUAUAUUUUAAAAUUUUUAACGAACAACUCCCCCCUCCCAAUAUAUACGGCUCCUGAUAAUCUUCAGUUAACGAG